AUGUCUUCCGAGUUUGCUUUCAGAGAGGUCAUUAAGACCCCAAAUUCUUCCGCAUCAAUGCACACUAGCACCCACUACCACAAGGGUAGGGGUGUACUUGCCGACACUGGUCAAGAGGAAGGUGACACGUCUUUUGGGUCAGCCCUCGGUGUCAUUAUCGACAGUAGUAACCACGACGCACUUUUCGAAGGGGCCAUUUCCAACAGUGCCGCCAAAAAGAGGAACAAGUCCUUCCCCUUAUAG